AUGAUGAGCAAGGAGGAUUUGGAGGAAACCACCGAUUCUGCUCCUGACGAUCCUGCUCCUAUUCUGGAAACCAAAGAUUCUGCUCCUCCUAAACCGUACACCCCGAGCAUCCUAUGGUGGACCAAGAACAGGGAGGAGGAGAACAAUAAGCUAAACUUGUUUGCCAACGCUGGCUUCUUGGCGGGCGUGGCGCUGUUCACGAUCGCUGUGGUCUUCGGGGUGGACUCGGAAGUUUCCCGGGGCUGGACCAUCGGAGAAUACAUUCUUCGGGUGCCGCUGGACAACUGGGACGGUUACUCGGAGAUGCUGAGGCAAAGCCCGGUCCAGGUGAAGGCCUGCACUAGCGGGAUCGUCUACGCCCUGGGAGACCUGGUAGCGCAGUCGAUGGAGGGUACGGAGCUUGCGAGCAUCGAGAGGCAAAGGGUGGUUCGGUCGGCCAUCGCCGGGCUGCUGCUUCACGGGCCCCUGAGCCACGUCUGGUACAACGUGUGCGAGGGGCUGUUCGAUAUCGUUGGUUGGAACGACUACUGGUGGGUGCCAGCGCCCAAGAUCAUCACGGAUCAGCUCCUCUGGGGUCCGGCCUGGAACGCGGUCUACAUCGCCUUCCUCGGCGUGCUGAACAAGGACUCGUCCGCGGUGAUAUGGGAGGCGAUAACCUCGACGGCUCUCCCGCUCGUGAUCGCCGGAAUCCGGCUCUGGCCGUUGGCGCACGUCGUCACCUACGGCCUGGUUCCGAAAGAGAACCGGCUCUUGUGGGUCGACGCUGUUGAGAUCAUUUGGGUUACGAUCCUAAGCAGUCAGGCGGCGGAGCAAGCGCGAUCUCCCGCGGAACAGGAGGAAAGCACGAGUUGA